CCAUUUUCCAGUCCUAUGCCGUUCAUUCAAACAUUUAGACAACCAAAAAUCGAGGUACCACUUUUUGUAGUUCUUUCGUGUUUUUUUUUCUUGUAUCCAAGUGUGUGUGUGUGUUGAAAACAAAAUGUUGAAUCAAUUGAUAGCCAUAAAUCAUGUUAACCAAUAUACAAUUGGUACAAAUAAUGAUGAAGAUGAACAUUUGAAAAUUAAUCAUAUCAAUGAUCGAUGGGAUCAUGUACAUCUUUAUAAUGGGCUUAAGCAAUAUAAUAUUGAUCCAGAUAAUCGACGUUAUCCAUGUUGUUUAGUAUGGACACCAUUACCAUUGAUUCAUUGGAUUUUACCGCCAAUCGCUUUUAUUGGCCAUCUAGGCAUCGGACGUUCCGAUGGUGCUGUACUGGAUUUUGCUCGGCCAUAUCGUGUAUCAAGAGAUUCGAAAAAAUAUGGUCGAAGAUUAAAAAUUCUUCCAUUGAAUCCUAAAUUAGCAAAUGGUGGUACCAUAGAAUCUUGGGAUAAUGGUAUUGAACAAGCUGCGAAGAUAUUUGCUAAAAAACCGCAUCUAGUCUUAUUCAGUAAUUGUUAUACAUUCGUUGCAUUGGCAUUAAAUAUAAUGGAAUAUAAUGGACGUUCUGAUUAUAGUGGAUUAGAAUUAUUUUGGUUAUUACAUAAUCAUUCAGAUUAUCUUGAUACAAGAGCAUUCGUUCGUACUUGGGCACCAUAUGCUGUGAUCAUUUUAGUUGCAUUGUUUUUACAUUUUCUAUUCACAAAUUUGAUUACACUUUAAAAAAUUUUUUUUUAAAUAGAUAGAUUUUGGAAAUUUUUUGGUUAAAUUAUCCAAGAAUCUCAUGAUCAUUCACGAUGAUCAUUUCAUGAUCAUGGUGAUUUGUUAAUCACACACAUGACAAUCUUUUUUAUUCAUUUUUUGUAUCAAUUAUUGGAAUAAUUAUUGUUCUAGUAUAUUGAAUUUCAUAAUAAAAUAAAAUAAAAUUAAUCAAUUUUAUAUUACAA